AUGCCAUGCCAAAGUUCUUCAUCUUCAGUUCAUGACCUGCACAUUCAUACAAAAAAAUACAAGUCAAUACAAGCAAUCAUGCCAUCAUAUCAGGAAACAGGAGAUGAAGGAUAUAAUAUUGAUGCUGCCCACCUAUCAAUUAUGCUAGCUGAUCACGGGGUCCUUUCUGAAGGGGCCGGUACUGGGAAAAAGUUGGGGGCGAUGGAUGCUUAUGCAGAAGUAGCCACCAUUGUCAGGCAAUAUGGAUCUAUGUAUUUGCGCCUUGGUGAUCUCCAGAUGGCACUAGAAUAUUAUACACAAGCUGCUGCUGCGGUUGGUGGUGGGCAGUUGUCAUGGACUGGUAGAGGUAAUGUCGAUCAGCAAAACCAGAGAAACUUUGAUGCUGAAGCAGCUUCUAACUGA